GCCUUCUCAAGGAGGAGCCUGGGCUGGAGGCUGGCAGGAGGGGGCAGAGGCAUGCUUUCCCUUUGCAGGAAGAGUCAGUACAUUCAGCUGCCAGCCAAGGAGGAGGAAGAGGAAGAGGAGGAUCAGAGCAAGCUGGUGGGCAAAGGGAGCUCCAGGUCACAGAGAAAAACCUAUGCCUGGCUGCUGUGACAUAGCAAUGACCUCCUCUUUGUCACUGUCCAAUAGAGAAGAUGCAGGAGAACUUUGCACUGUAACAUUUGUGGACCUAGAACUGAAAGAACAUGCUCCUUUUCCACCCAAGGGCCACCUGAAAGCUGAAUUAGAUGCCAGCACCAGAAAGAAGUAUACAUCUGCAAAGAGGAAGGCAUUUGCUCUCUUUGUUAAAGCCAAGGAAGUGGUUGCUGACACUUGCUGCCCCAUGUCUGCUUGCCAAGGAAUGAUUUCCUGGAGAUGCUGCCAACAGAACUUCAAAGACCUGACUGGCAUUCACAGGCAUGUCGCUGUCCACCAUUCAGGUGAUGUGGGGAAGCAAAUGCUGGUGAUCUUAAAGCCGAUGGCAGGCAGCAGCAAAGUCACACGCAGCUCAGUGUCUGUGGAUGAAAUGUCUAGGUCCAACAGGCUUCCGUAUCACAACCAGGAUAUGUUUCAGAAGCUCCCAGAUACCAGCCACAUUGAUGCUAAUGAAAUGACAAGUGAGGUUGGGCAAGUUCUGCUUUACUAUUGUUACUGCGAGGUGGCAGAUCCUGGGGGACUCUGCGCAUGGCAGAAGGCUUUAUGUCAACACCUGCAUCUCACUGGCAAGGUUCGGAUAGCUUCAGAAGGAAUUAAUGGAACAGUUGGUGGAAGUAAGGUAGCGACUAACCUUUACAUGGACGCAAUGCUAUCUCAUCCCCUCUUUAAAGGCACUUUGAUGAGAGAAGAUUUCAAGACCAGUAAAGGAGGAGCUCAUUGUUUCCCAGACCUUCGAAUUGGUGUCUUUGAAGAAAUAGUACCCAUGGGCAUCAACCCGGAGAAAGUCUCUUACAAAGAAACGGGCAUUCAUUUGACUCCAAAGGAGUUUCAUGUAGAAGUGGAAAAAUACCUCUCUCGGCGUAAUGAAGGGCAGGCAGACACCAUUUUGCUGGACUGCAGGAACUUCUAUGAAAGCAAAAUAGGACAUUUCCAGGGUUGUUUGGCUCCAGACAUCAGGAAAUUCAGCUACUUUCCCAUCUAUGUCGAUGAGAACCUUGACCUUUUUAGGGGCAAGCGAGUCCUGAUGUAUUGCACAGGAGGAAUCCGUUGUGAGCGGGGAUCAGCCUACCUCAGAUCCAAGGACAUCUGCAAAGGAGUGUAUCAUCUCAAGGGUGGCAUCCACAAGUACCUGGAAGAAUUUCCUGAUGGGUUUUACCGGGGGAAGCUCUUUGUCUUUGAUGAACGCUACACCAUCCCCUCCAAUGGUGAUGUGAUUUCAGCUUGCCGCUACUGUGGGAUACUCUGGGACCAAUAUCGACUGUGCUCCACCCAGCCCUGCCACCAACUUGUUCUGACAUGCCUGGAGUGCCAACUGAAAGGCUUCACAGCCUGCUGCCCACUGUGUCAGGAAAAAGGCCUUGUACUAGCUACAACUUCUUCUAGACAAGGAUUCAAGGAAGAAUCAAUGAAAGAAUGUGCAAACAAGAAACAGUCAAAUCUGACAGCUUCAGGUUUGAAAAUGUUCACCUUCAGUGAAAAAGAAACAGCAAAUAUUCCAUUCCUGUGGUUUCCCUUCUUGUGAUGAUUGCUUAAGAAAAGAGUGGCCAUAACAUUCCUUCUCUUGGUUGGGUGUGCAGAUGCUUUUACAAUGGGAUUGUAAUUUACAGCUGGGGAUGUUGUUAGCUGACUUAAGUUCACAUGUCCUUAAAUUAAUGGUGUACUUUGGGAUGGUAGAAAUGCUGUCAGACUAGAAGCUUCUUUCAAAUUCUUGUCAUCAAGUCAAAAAAUAAAGUAUAUUUUUAAACAUU